UCCCCUUAACCGAGCAAAUUUGACCAGGUGUUUUAAAUCUUUGGGUAUCAACGUGGUUGUGCCAACAAGAGUCGGGGGUACUCGAUGGCUUCCUCACACCAUGAAAGCUAUUAAGCACAUUUUGACAGGACGAGAAGCUAUCCUUAAACACCUGAACGAGAUGCAGGAUCCAGCAGGACCUACUCGUAGGAAAGACUCGGCUGCAAAAGCAAGGAAUUUUCUGAAACUUCUUCAAGACCGUGAGGUCCUUGUGUGGCUACACUUUUUGAUGGACUUAGUCUCAUGUCUGGGAAAAGUGACUGAGAUCAUACAAAAACAUAAUGUUACCUUAGCUGAAGUUUGGAAGGAAUUGCAAUCUGCAAAAUCAAUGUUACAGAGAUAUUAUACAAGGUGACUUUGGUGAUGAUGAGGUCGUUCAAAUGGUACAAUUGUGUGAGUGGGCCCUUAUUGCGUCAGGUUGUGAAGUUGAGAUGGUUGAGACAGAAUGGAUCCGUUUCAAAACAGAUGUAUUCAAUAGCAAGAAGAAAAUCAUUCAUUCACUGACUUGGCCUAUGCUAUGGGAAUCAAUGAGCAGUGACUAUCCAAGUCUGUUCAAAUUAGUUAGUCUCCUCCUCACUUUACCUUCUAGUUCAGUGGAUGCUGAGCGGAGUUUUAGCAGGAUGAAGCUGCAAAAGACUGAUUGGCGGGCUUGUCUGGGUGAUAGACAUCUAACUGAUUUGAUGUUGAUUUCACUUGAGGGAGACGAAUUAGAGGAUUUCAACCCAGAGCCAGCACUUGAGAUAUGGGAGAACUCUGGCAUCAGGUCAAGAAGACCUUAUUUCAAUGAUAAAGGGAGACAGAAGGCCACACUGGUGACACAGGAAGAAGAGAAUGAUGAUAUUCAGCUGGUGAACUUUGAUAUCCUGGCAGAUCAAGCUGGAGCUCUGGAUGAUACUGUUACAUCUGUAGAAGAUCAGGAUGAUGAGCAGUAUGACGAACAACAUGCCAAUGACCUUAUAACAUUACAACAGAAAUCAUAUAGACUUUUGCUCUCUUUAAUGACUGAACAUGUUAUCUGAAUAAAAACAUA